UUAAUAAUGACUCAGAAGAUUCUUAUAGUUGCAGUGUCCAUUCUUUGUGCAUCUAGUGUCUCUGCCGCUGCCUGUUUAAAAGGAAAUUCCAAAGGCAGAGUAUUCACGCAAAGGAGGGAUAACUGUAACUCUUCCAUUCUUGAAAUUGAAAUUCAGGAACAUUUAAAAUCCUGGAUCACUACGCUGCUCAUUCCAGCAUUUUAUGCCAUGGUGCUUAGCUUCGGCCUUCCAGCAAAUGGCCUUGCCUUAUGGGUGUUUGUAUUCAAAAUUAAAAAGAUGCCAUCAACACUUCUCCUGCUUAACUUGGCUGUUGCUGACAUGUUGUUUAUGAUGGUCUUACCAUUUAAGAUCAUUUACCACUUUAGUGGCAACAACUGGAUUUUUGGUGAGACACUAUGCAAAAUAGUAACCUCGGUGUUCUAUGGAAAUAUGUACUGUUCUGUCUUCUUCCUAAUGGCCAUAAGUAUUGAUCGCUACCUUGCUUUAGUACAUCCUUUCUCUUCAAAAAGUUUGCGAGGAUGGAAGGCGUCCAUAACAAUUUCUGUUGGAAUAUGGCUUGUAGUAGCUUCAGGAACAUCAAUCUUCCUCAUAGUUCCACAAACAAAAAAAAUUCAUCAACCAAGCAUUACAACGUGUCAUGAAAUACUGGCAACCUGUGUAGGAUACGAAUGGUACAAGCAGUAUUUUCUUGGUCUUUUUAUUGUAGGAUUUGCCAUCCCUUUGCUUGUAAUUUUGUUCUGUUAUCUCCCAGUUCUUGUUGUACUGACAAGGAUGAAGGAAGCUCACCGGAAUGUAAAACUUUUGAUCUUUUUGGUACUUCUCACAUUUAUUGUUUUCUUCACACCAAGCAACAUUCUGAAUUUAUUUCAUUAUACAGAGAAGGACUGGGAGUGUGAAACCCGUCUCUACAUGUGGUACCUGGUUGCUUUGGCAAUGACUUCAGUCAACAGUUGUAUAGAUCCAUUUCUCUAUUAUUACACGUCACAAAACUUCAGUAAGGUUGUUAAACAGUCACUCUUUGGUGAAAACAGCACGUCUUUAAAAAGUACAAAACUUGCAGUUUCUUCUGACAAUAAAGAGGGUGGUAGGAACUGAGGGUUAACAUAAGUAAUCUAUUACACCAAUACUGAAAAAUUAACAUUUAAUGCCUUUUUUUCACAAAAAUGUCUUUACCUCAUAUUUGGAAAACUACUUAUUUUAAUACAGUAGGCCGGGGCCAGUUGCCUGCCCAAGAAUAAUUUAGAUUAUUUUGUUAUCAUGGUUUUACAUAACACUCUGAUGCCCUCAUACAUACCCAGCAUUUGGAGCUUGAGGUGGGGGAAAAACCGAUAUACUGUGUAUUGUAAUAUCAGUGAAUGAAAACAAAUUUUAUUGUUUAAAUAUCAAA